AUGCCACCCAUCGACGCCAUGCCCCUCAGCCAUGAGGAUCAUCUCGGCAAGCUCGACCCGAAGGCCGCUAGCUCUUCGACUGCCACCGGGCGCUCAGCACCGUCGACGGGGCGCAGAACCUGUGGCCGUGCCGGCCGUGGUAGGGCGGAAGCUGUGAGGGACGGUCCACGCGACCAUCGCCGGCAGGGGGUUCCGCAUCACCAGCACCCCCUGCAAGCAUUUUCUGAUCGGCCAGCCGAACGCUAUACACAUUUCCGGCGACACUUGUACAUUGACGAGCUGGAGCAGAUUCAAGAUGGCGUGCACGUGACGGCGACGAUUAUUGACCUGGGCAACGCGACCUUUGAACUUGGGGUCGGUGCGUUCCAGAUCAAUAUGGAUGGCAAACAGGCGGUGCGGCUGUUGCAGGAUAUCCUGGAGUAUUCCCUGGCGCUGAUGCAAUUUGAGUCAUGGACCUAUGUCAAGAAACACGGGGCGGAUUGGGCAGGGUGUUCGAGGAGGCAGGGUUCUGCAUAA